AUGGAGAUCGAUGAAGCUAACUCGUUUAAGCCUCGCUUGGGAGCAUUGGCUACAUCACAGAUCAUUGAAGGCCUGAAUGAGGGAAAGGUGCUGGCCAGCGAGAUUGGAGCCACAGUGACAGGCAUCGAUGCAGGAAACUUCCGGCAGUACCUGUUGGAGCUUGCACAUGCCGUCGCGGCGGGGCAGCUCCUGCCAGCCAAAUACGCAGUGGGCAUGAAGGCCAGUGGCAUCCCUGUGGGCGAGGACACUCCACUCCUGCUGGCAGAGAUCCUCUGGGCGGUGUGGGUGGAGGUGCAGGGCGAGGGGAAUUCAGCAGCCCAGGCGCUCAUUGCAGACCUGGCCAAGGAGCUCCUGAAAGAUCAGCUGGUCAGCAAGGAUGUAUUGAUGAUGAACCUGGACGGGGAGUUCCUGGAGGAGGUGGGCGCAGUCACAAAGGCAGCCAACCUACGCAAGAAGGAGGUCCAGCUCAACACGAGAAUGCACUACACUCAGCGCAGGUUCAAUCUGCUGCGGGAGGAGAGCGAGGGAUACGCCAAGCUUAUCACCGCCCUGUGCCAGUCAAGCAGCGGCACCCCCGUCAACCACAUGGUGACGGAGGUGAAGGCGCUGAUUGGCUUCUUUGACCUGGACCCCAACCGAGUGUACGACGUUGUGCUGGACGCGUUUGAGUGCGCGCCAAGGAACGCCGCGUUACUGGCGCUUGCGGAGAUGUUCGCACCAGAGGCGCGCACGCAGAUACUGGGCUUCAAGUUCCAGCGCCUGGCGUCCGGCGGCGCGGGGCUUGUGCCUCUGGAGGGACUGCUGCCGCACUUGGCGCCGCCGGAUGAGGAGGCGGUGACAGCGCUGCAGGCCGCGCAAAAGAAGCUGGCGGAAGCCGUCGCCAAGAUUGGCACCGUCAGCCUCACGCAGGCAGCCGCCGAGAAGGAUGAGGCAACGCGGUCCAAGGUGGGCCUCACAGCUGCCAAGAUGGACCUCGAUGCACGGGCGCUGAACAAUGACAUCCUGGCGCCCGCGCUGGCUGCCAAUCACAAGCUCGGCCUGGCAGCCGGCCUGCUGCAGGUGGACGACUGGGGCAACGCCUCCAAGCUGCUGAACUUGCUGAGCGGGUUGGGGCUGGAUCCGGUGGGGUUCCCUCCCAUCGCGCGCGCCCUGUGCGGCAUGCUGCGCUCGCAGCUGCAGCCCUCCUUCGACGCGCUCUACCCCGAGGGGCCCCGCGGCCUCUCCAUCCUCAAUCGCAAGAACGGGGGUCCUGAUGUGGAGGUCCCCACGCCGGGGGACGAGACGGUGGGAUUGCUCUUGCUGCUGGGCGCGCACGCGCAUGCAGACGUGACCCUGCUGAGUCAGCUGGCGCGCAUCCUCAAGCACAUGAUUCUCCGCAGCUCCUUCCUGCUGUGCUCCCCGCCCACCAUCCCCCAGGGCCGCCACCACAUUGAGCUGGUGAAGCUGCUGCUCUCAGAGGUGCUGCUGCCUGCGCUGUGCAUGGUGCCCGCCAAUGUGGGCCUGGUCAACGACGUGUGGGGGGCGCUGCACCUUCUGGAAUACACCGACCGCUGGCGCAUCUACAACAGCCUCAAGGUGAAGGUGGCGAAGAACCCGCUGCUGGCGGCUGCAGGGAAGCUGGCGGUGACGGAGGUGCGCAAGGUGAUGAGGCGAGUGCACGCGCCGGACUCCAAGGACAAGCGCGAGCGCAAGAAGUUGCUAGCGCCCUUUGCGCGGCUGCUCGCCAAGGCCGCUCACGCCAACCCGCUGCCCGUCUGCGACCACAUUGUCGGCCAUGUGGAGGCGUACCCGGUGAUGACGGAGCCAAUCCUGGACGCGAUGCGUUACUUCACGCCCUUCGGAUACGAUGUGCUCUCAUUCGUGCUCGUGGACCGCCUGGCCUCCCCCGGCCGUGACAAACUCAAGGCCGACGGCCUCAACAUCUCCGACUGGCUCCAGGGGCUGUCGCAGUUUGUGGGGCAGGCGUGCAAGCGGUACGAGAAAAUGGACUUGAGCGCCAUCUGCCAGUACCUGGCCAACACCCUCAAGGCCGCGCAGUCGUUUGACAUGCUCGUGCUCAAGGCGCUCGUCAGCGAUAUGUCGGGCAUCGCCCCCGUGAGCGAUCUGAGCGCGGAACAGGUGGAGGCUCUGGCAGGGGGGCCGCUGCUGCAGCAGGAGGUGAUCAAUUUGGGCGCGCAGCAGCAGACCUCCGCCAAAGCCCUGCAGCGCACUACCGGCCGCCUCAUCACUGCCCUCCAAAAUGACAAGUUGGCGCUGCCGCUGUAUGUGAUGUUGGCGCAGCAGCGGCGUUACAUCGUGAUGAAGACCGAGUCACGCCACCUGAAGCUCAUUGCCGAGCUGUACGACAAGUGCCAGGAGACGCUCUUCCUGUACACGGAGUUCCUGUCGACGGCGUUGCCUCCGGCGGAGAGGGCUGCGCUGCUGCCGUCCAUCUCCCAGCUGGUGCAGCGCUACGGCGUGGAUUUUGAAGUCGCCUUCCAGGCGCACCGGCCGCUGAUUCGUGAGCUGUCGCCGCCGGUGCUGCCGCCAACGAUACCAGGAACGCCGCAGGAGAACGGGGACACAACGAUGGAGGAGGUGGAGGACGGCGAACUGGAGGAGGAGAAGCUGCCCGCGCAGCCGGAAGCCGCCGGGAACCUGCCCAACGGGGUGGGAUUGGCGGCCGGCCGGGACGGCGGCGCGGGGGCGGCGGGGCCGGGACCUGGGAGCAUGAGCUGGGCGGCUCUGGUGGAGGACGUGCGCGAGACGCUGCCGGACACCGUGUGGCGAGUGAUGAGCCCCGAGUUCUACAUCUCCUUCUGGAGCCUCUCCUACCCGGACAUCUCUGUGCCCGCCGAAAGGUACCACCGGGAGAUCAAGCGGCUGAAGGACCUGCAGGCCAUGAAGGAGACAGAGAUGCGCUCCAAGCAGAUCAUGCUUGACCAGGCACGCACCCAUUUCGCGCGCGACCGGGGGUCGGCAGGCGGGGGGUACAUGGGGGGCAUGGGCGGCAACUACCGCGGCAAUGAGCCCCAGAUCGACCCUGAGGAGCUCAAAGACGACAUCGAUACCAUCGAGAAAGUGCUGGAUCGUGUGAAGGACGCGCUGAAACGGCUGCCGGAGGAGCUGAAAGCGCAGGAGGCAAAUGCGGCGCGUGUCAAUUUGUUCCUGACGCGCGCGCGGCCGUUCUGGACGUGCGAUCGGAAGGGGAUGCUGUACGCAUACCUGCAGCAGUGCAUUCUGCCGCGCGUCGUGUACUCCCCGCCUGACGCGGCGUUCUGCGCAAAGUUCACCCAGCGGCUGCACGAGCUGGCCGUCCCAUUCUUCCCCACCAUCCUCUACCUCGACACCAUGAUGAAGCAGAUGAUCAGCCUGGUGUUCUCCUGCACCGACCGCGAGGCCCUCAAUCUGGCCAUCUUCCUCAACGAAACCUUCAUCCUCCUCGAGCGCUGGCGGGGGAGCGAGGGCGUGUACGCGCGGGAGUGCGCGGCGCGGCCGGGGUUCUCCAUGUCCUUCUCAGACCCGGGCGCCUCGCGCACAUCCUUCAGUGACUACCGCCGCCUCUGCGCCAAGUGGCAGCACACCAUCACCUCCGGCCUGCGCGCGGCGCUGCAGUCCAAGAACUACGUGCAAACGCGCAACGCCUUCCUCAUCCUCAACACCACCGUCAAGGCGCGCACCUUUCCCACCUCCAACUCGAGCAAGAUCUGCAGAUGCCGCUGUCAGGAGCGCCUUCGUGCAGCCGGAAGGUGGAGUGUGUACGGCAAGAUACCCUACCCGGUAUUCCCGGCGAUGCAGACGUGCGCGUCGCGAAUAAAGACGGCGGUCCAGGGCGUUCGCGAUGCGAGCUCUAGCGAGGAGGAUCUGAAAACGAUGUCGAACAUGUACUCUGCAGCUCUGGAGAAUGAGAUCCGGAAGGAUGGCCGGAUGCUGAGCAAGGAGGCGUAUGAGGGGGCGCCGGAGCCGCCUGUGCCCAAGGCGCUGCUGGUGAAGAACGGCUUGCCACCCACUGGCGAGCCAGGCACUGGCGGAUCCAAGGCACAAGAGAACGGGGUCACUGCAAUCCGCGAGGAGGCCACGUCAGCGGCAGGCAAGAACAACAAGUCCUCUUCAGGCGAUGCAGCGAAGAAGGCAGACUCUUCAAGCGCGGCCCAGAAGAGGAAGGAGCUCCGGGCGGAGGCAGCAGAGUUCAGACCGAGCAGCGCCAGCAAAACCUCAGAUGCGAAGCCAGCAGCCGAUGCCAAAACGGGCGCAAAUGGAAAGUCAGGAACGGAUGCCAAGUCAGGAACGGAUGCGAAACCCCGCGGCGGCUCCGGGGGAAAAAGCGAGGGGAAGGGGCGGGGCGACGCCAAAUCUGGCGCGGAUGCCAAGCGGCCGAGCGACACCGGCCGCCGCAGGGACGGCGACAAAGCAGAGGCCGCCCCCUCGGCAAAGGGAGAGGAGGCUCCGAGCAGGAGGAAGGCAGAGGAGGAGCCCUCACAGCGGCCAUCCAAACGCCCGCGCAGCGACCCUGCUGAGGCCAAGGAAGCACCGGCAACAGCAUCGCGGCCGCGGAUAAAUCCGCCAGUGCGAGAGAAGCCGGCUGCACCAGCCGAGCGCCGGUCUGACAACGCCAGCGAGCGCAGAGGGGACAGGGAUGGCCUUGCUCGGCGCAGCCAGUCAGCCGCGGUGGCAGAGGGCAAGACCGACGGCGACGACACGGCAAAGCGCGCGAAGCGCGCCGAGCCGGUGGCCGAGGCGCGCCGACGCGCGAUCCCGGCGCCGGCCGCUCGCGGCAGCGCAGCCCCUGCCGCUGAGACGCCGGAACCCGGCGAGGUUGUCGUCGACGCCCCGGCCACGGCUCCAGCCUCGCGCAGGCGCGGGUCGGAGAAAGACCGGGAGGAGAAGCCGCCGGCUGAUGCGCGCGGCCGUGCCAGCCGGGAGCCAAAAAAGGCGCCUGAUCAGGCGGCGGCGGCCACCGAGAAGAAAUCGGCGGCAGCUGAGAAGAAGCCGGCGGCGGCCAAAACAGGCGCAGAUGACAAAGCCCCCCGCGAAACUGCCGGGGGCAACCGCGCGGCGCGCAGCCGCGAUGAGCCGGAGAAGCCGGCUGCGGUGGCGGUGGCUGCAAAAGGCAGCGGGCGCAGUACCAGGGACGGGGGCAAAGAGAAGGAGAAGGACAGGGACACGCGCGUUGCCAUUCCAACCAGGAAGGAGCAGGAAAAGGAGAAGCCAGCGAAGGCCGAGGAGCGAGGGCCGUUGCCUGGCCGCCUGUCGCGCGAACCCAGCGUGUCUGAGAAGCCGACGCCGGUGCGGCGCAACAUGGCGACGCAGUGGCUGCAGAAGGCGCACGAGGAGAGUCUGAGUGAGCGCAUGGCGUCCCGGCUCGGCCUGCCGGCCGACGCGCGGCUGGCGCCGGCCGGUGCCGCCGAUGUCGCCGCUGCCGCCGCGUCGCCUCCUGCUGGCAGAAGGGUGGCCAGGCAGGCGGCAGAGGCUGCAGCUGGGGUGGAGGAGCUGGGGGAUGGGGAUGGCGGGGAGGAGAGUGCAGGGGAGGACGGCGACAAGAAGGGUGAGGGAAAGAAGAGGAAGAAAAAGAAGAAGGACAAGAAGCGGCACCGCGACAAGGGAGAUGACGGGGGUGAGGAAGGCGCUGGUGAUGACGACGGCGGCGGCAGCGCACGUGGGAAAAAGGACAAGAAGAAGCACAAGAAGCACUGA